CGCUGGCGCUGGGUGACUCCCAGGAGUGGGGUGGGGAAGUGGUUUCGGGAGGAGAAUUUGAGGUAACCCCGCUAACUCUCGGUCCGAGCAACCCUGAAGCCUGAGUCCGGGCGAGCUCGGCUCGGUCCUCUCGGGUCGGUCUGGGGGUCGGGCCGCGCGGGGCCUGACGGGGCGCAGACCUGGCGGAGCAGGGCAGACAGGCCCGGGCCCCGGCUCCCAGUCCCCUCGGCCCCACGCCGUUUCUAGGACUCGCUGCUAGGCGCGCGGCCGUCCUGACUUGUGCCAGAUAAAACCGUGUCCUGGUUUCCAUUUCUUGCCCCGGCCCCCUCGGGUGCUGCUGUGGUUUUAAGUCAUAAGACUUAACCAAUCAUGAGUGAUCAAAUCAAAUUCAUUGUGGACAAUCUCAAUAAUGAGCCUUUUAAGAAGAACUAUAAUUUAAUCACAUUUGAUUCCCUGGGACCAAUGCAACUAUUACAAGUUCUCAAUGAUGUUCUGUCUGAGAUUGACUCCAAGCAAGAUGUUGAUAUCAGAGAGGAGAUGCCAGAGCAGACAGCCAAACGAAUGUUAAGCCUUCUUGGUAUCCUCAAAUAUAAACCUCCAGGAAAUGCCACAGACAUGAGUACCUUUCGUCAGGGUUUGGUGAUUGGAAGUAAGCCUGUAAUUUACCCAGUGCUCCACUGGCUUCUUCAGAGGAGUAAUGAACUAAAGAAAAGGGCUUAUUUAGCUCGUUUUUUAAUUAAACUUGAGGUACCAAGUGAGUUUCUUCAAGAUGAAACUGUGGCUGACACCAAUAAACAGUAUGAAGAGCUGAUGGAAGCCUUUAAAGCUUUGCAUAAGGAAUGUGAGCAGCUCAAGACAUCUGGAUUUUCUACAGCAGAAAUAAGAAGGGACAUCAGUGCAAUGGAGGAAGAAAAAGACCAGCUCAUUAAGAGAGUUGAACGUUUGAAGAAAAGGGUGGAGACGGUUCAGAAUCAUCAACGAAUGCUUAAAAUAGCAAGGCAACUUCGAGUUGAAAAAGAGAGAGAAGAAUUUCUUGCACAACAGAAACAGGAACAAAAGAAUCAGCUGUUUCAUGCACUGCAGAGAUUGCAAAGAGUACAAAAUCAGCUGAAAAGUAUGCGCCACGCUGCAGCAGAUGCAAAGCCUGAAAGUUUAAUGAAGAGGCUAGAGGAAGAGAUAAAAUUUAAUUCAUAUAUGGUAACUGAAAAAUUUCCUAAAGAAUUAGAAAACAAGAAAAAGGAAUUGCACUUUUUACAAAAAGUAGUUUCAGAGCCAGCUAUGGGCCAUUCUGAUCUUCUUAAACUUGAAUCUAAAGUCAGUGAAGUAAACACAGAGAUCAAUCAGUUGAUUGAAAAGAAAAUGAUGCGAAAUGAGCCAAUUGAAGGCAAGCUCUCAUUGUAUAGGCAACAGGCAUCCAUCAUUUCUCGUAAAAAAGAAGCUAAAGCUGAGGAGCUUCAGGAGGCCAAGGAGAAGUUGGCCAACCUGGAGAGAGAAGUGUCAGUAAAGACACACCAGACCCGGGAAUUUGACGGUACAGAGGUUUUAAAGGGAGAAGAGUUCAAACGCUAUGUCAGCAAACUGCGAAGCAAAAAUACAGUCUUCAAAAAGAAGCAUCAGAUAAUAGCUGAAUUUAAAGCUGAAUUCAGCCUGUUACAGAGGACAGAAGAACUUCUUAAGCAACGUCAGGAAGCUAUUCAACACCAGCUGCAAACUAUAGAGGAGAAAAAGGGUGUAUCAGGAUACAGUUACACCCAAGAGGAGCUAGAAAGAGUGUCAGCCCUGAAGAGUGAAGUGGACGAGAUGAAAGGACGAACAUUGGAUGAUAUGUCUGAAAUGGUGAAAAAACUAAAUUCCCUGGUAUCAGAAAAGAAGUCUGCUCUAGCCCCAGUUAUAAAAGAACUACGACAACUGCGUCAGAAAUGUCAAGAACUAACCCAAGAGUGUGACGAAAAGAAGUCCCAGUAUGAUAGCUGUGCAGCAGGCCUUGAGAGCAAUCGGUCCAAAUUAGAACAGGAAGUUCGAGGACUCCGUGAAGAAUGUCUUCAAGAAGAAAGUAAAUACCAUUAUACAAAUUGUAUGAUUAAGAACCUAGAAGUUCAGCUUUGUCGUGCUACUGAUGAAAUGAAGGUGUAUGUCUCCUCUGAUCAACAAGAAAAAAGAAAAGCAAUUAGGGAACAGUAUACCAAAAAUAUUACUGAACAAGAAAACCUUGGAAAGAAACUCCGGGAAAAACAAAAAACUGUACGAGAAAGUCAUGGUCCAAAUAUGAAGCAAGCAAAAAUGUGGCGUGACCUUGAACAACUGAUGGAAUGUAAAAAACAAUGCUUUCUGAAACAACAAAACCAAACUUCCAUCGGUCAGAUCUGGAGAAUAGACUACAUAUGAGAACAUUGUUGGAAAGCUCAUGGAAAUCAAUCCAGAAACUGUAGACCAUCCAGCUCUUUCUUUAGAUGGAUGCUUCCUACUGUUUUGCUUUAAUUCAACAGGCAGCAAUUCUAAAAGAAGUCCUUUACUUACACUUGCCUUUAUUUGAUGUUCAUCAUUCUGCUGAAUUUGUAGCAUGCAUAAUAUGUAUACAUUUUUUUGGAAAUUUUUCAGCUCUGUACAUUUUCCAACUGUGUUUCUUAUGUUUUUAAUGCUAAAAUGGUAGAGUUUUUGUGUUUUGGGUUUUUUUUUUUAAAUUUGAGUAAAAUAAGAUGCUAAAUAUGCACUCGAACUAAAAAUGUAUAAAUGGCAGAAUUCUUUGGAAUUGAAUUUGAAAAGUGCACCAUGAGUGAUGUGACAAAACUCUCUUCACAAAGGCCGAGCUCAUAUUGAAAAAUGACUAAGUGGAGUUGUAUGUCUUAGAGAACCCUUAUCUCACAAAGAUAUUCACCCAAUAGUCAUGACUAAUGUGACUAAGGGGUGUGAAUAAAAGACUUGUUUUUACAAGGGGUUCUAGGUGCUUAUAUCAUGCCUCUUGCUUGGCAGGAAGGAGUUUGCCCCAGGGAGUGGAUAAUGGGAACCCUGCUGGUUUGUGCUUGUUUGUCAUCAGUUCUCAUUGUGGGGAGGUAAGGUCUGGGUCAUGUUACAUCACACCGCCUUCUUUUCCAGACAAUCCUCAGCAGUCAGAAGAAACCAAGUUGUACCUUUAUGAAAUAUUUAAUAUAUUUGGGCUGGAGAGAUGGGUCAGCAUUUAACCG